GCUGGAUCGACAUUCCCUCCAAGGACUGGUUCGAGCAGCAGUUCGAACACAACUUCGUGAAGGUUGGGAAUUCCAUGAUGACGGGCGAGGUCGUGACGCAGAUCUCGAAGUACUGCGCCGUCAGGGAGCUCUUCGGAGAAACGAAGAAGGAGCAGGACACCCACGAGGCCCGUCUGGCCACGGGCGCCCUGCUGUGCUUCGACCACAUCAGCUGGCCAGUCAUAAUCGGAGACCUUGAGGACUACAAGGCGUGGUUCAAGGCGGGGAACACGAUCGAGAAUUUGAGCCCGCUGGACAAACUGUACUGGAAAGUGGUGAACCUCACGGAGGA